AUGGCUUCGAUCAUGCGCCCGUCGCUGCUGCGACAGACCCCUGCGUCCACCCGGUCGCUUCUCCUGCGCCAGAAUGUCGGCGUGUCGCAGGCCGUCAACUUCCACGCCUCCGCCCGCAAGCAGAUCCUGCCCCCGUUGCCGCAAUCUAUUGAGGGAACCAUGAACGACCCCGCUCCCCUCCCUAAGCCAAGCCCCGUCCACGGCAGCUACCACUGGACUUUCGAGAGAGCCGUCUGUGUUGGCCUGGUUCCUCUCAGCAUUGCACCCUUCGCUGCCGGCUCCCUUAACCCUGUCAUGGACGCCGUUCUCUGCAGUCUUCUCGUCGUUCACUCCCACAUUGGUUUUGAUGCCUCCAUCACCGAUUACUUCCGCCCCCAGCGUGUCCCCAAGACUCACGCCCUUCUCAAGUGGCUGCUUCGUGGCUUCACUCUGACCACUGCGGUCGGUCUCUACGAGUUUGAGACAAAUGAUGUCGGUAUCACGGAGGCCCUGCGCCGCAUCUGGACGGCAUAG